AUGCCCCAAAGUUUCACCGCAGGUCUGGGCUGCCAAGGGAGGCGCUGCCAUUGCCACAAUCAGAAAACCAGCAGAGCCCGGCGGACCCCUCGUCCCCGUCGGGUCAGGACGGCCCCCUGUGACCGGGACGCGGCUGCUGGCCCCGCCGACCCCGCCUCCCGCGGUCCUGCAGCCUUGCGGGGGGGCGCUGCCUCUGCCACAGGGAACUGCAGAGCCGGGCGGACCCCGCGCCCCCGUCGGGUCAGGACGCCGCCUGUGACCGGGACGCUGCUGCUGGCCCCACGCCCCGCGCCUCCCGCGGUCCUGCAGCCGUGCGGGGGGCGCUGCCCUCCCGGUGGCUCCGAGUCAGCCUCCCGCGAGCACGUGGAUGCGGGAGCCCGGGCGGUCCACGUGCCGGCCGUCCCGCCUCUGCGGUGGGAGGAGACGCCGGUGUCGGCAGAGCCAGGCGGGAGUGUCCACCCGGUGAGGGUGCACCGCGGUUUGUUCACGGCGUUUGUAAACACCACUGCAGAGCGACAUCGUUGUCCCCAUGGAAUCACAAGGAUUUAUGAAAAUGCUGGCUUGUCUUGCCCCACAACUGAAUAUUUGGAAAAAUACCCUCCGUAUGGCAGUGCUCUUCCACCUCAGAGUCUUAAGCCCAAGCAGGAAUUUCGAGCAGGCAGCGGUAAAAUGGAAGCAAUGACAACAUUUAAAUUAGUCUCAGCAUCUGUGAGGGCAGGAGCCACGUCUGUUCUUACCUCCGAGCUCCCUUCCCAGGAGCCCAGUACCACCAGCGAGCACGUGGUGGACUCGGUGUCCACUCAGUUCACGAGAACAGGAAAUGCACUUGCCCCAGCCCGUCUCUUCCUGCCAGGCUGUCUCACGGGUCUCUGCCAGCCUAAGGAGCGCCUGCUCCUGGAGCAGCUUCCACUCCUGUCCAGACAUGAUUAUAGAGCUUGGGACAUUCAGAAAACUGAACUUUAUAAACGAGAACAAACUUACUCUCCCCCCGCUGUGAAAUUUGGAAAUUCAACCACAUUUCAGGACGACUAUGUUCCACAGGAGAUAAAGCCCAGGCAGAGCUUUAGACCCAGCUCUGUGGUCAAAUGCUCCACAUGCCCUUUUGAUGGUGACACUAGUCAUCGCCUUGACUGUGUGCCUUACCAGCUAGAAGUCAAGUCCGCAAGGCCGAGAGAAGUUUACAAGCCAACCAGCCAACCCUUUGAGGUUCUCACAACGCACCGACGUGACUUUCAGGGUCUGGCUGGUGAAACUGCGAAAAUCUGCAGACCUGCACACACCAGAGUGACCCAAAGAGCUCAUUUCGAAGGAAGCACUGAAUUCCGUGAAAGUUUCCAGCUGUGGGAACUCCCGCCCCCUGAGGUCAGGAAAGUGCAGGAGUACGUUCCUCCUGCAGGUGCGAUGCAGUCAGACAGCACGAGCCACCUCGACUACGUUCCCCAUCAGGCCACACGUGUCCUUCCCGUCAGGCCGCUGUCCCAUCGGAGGAGGAACAGUGAUCCCUUCCAAGGGAAGAGCACCACGAAGGAAGACUUUCCCACGUGGGAGAGUCGUCGCCAAGGCCCCGUCAAGCAGCAGCCGCAGAUUCCUGCCCCGUCUGGAAGGUUCGAGGGUUUGAGCACUUUCAGGUCUCACUACGUGCCUCACGAACUGGUUCCAACGGAGAGCUGUAGACCUUUACAUGUUCCUGUUAAGAGUUCUGCUCCGUUUGAUGACGUAACCAUGUACUCCACAGAGUACGUGCCAAAGAGACGGGAGAUCUGCCCUGCCAGCUGUCCUUCGCCUCCAGGCUAUGUCUUCGAGCACACGGACUCCCGAGGUCAUCAGUUCUUCCGCAAGGUCACUCCCGUGGUAAAGGCCUUCUGAUCACCAAAUCACACUGAAAGGAAGCUGACUCACAGCGGGUGGGUUUUCCAAAGGCAAGACCAACUUUUUAUAGUAGGAAAAAAAUUAUGAGAGCUAACAAAAAUCAGUUUUUAAA